AGAAAAUGAAAAUAGAACCACGUGUGUUUAUAAACAAAGUCUGUUAUUAAUCGAAGAUUAUUCGACGAACGUAAGAUUUUUACUGUACCUGGUAGAUUGGUAGAUCAGUUGCUGACAGUGUCAUAACCAUGUCAUCGACAUGUGAGGAGAAAGAGAUAAAGGUUGAUUUGAUAAAUGUUAAUGAAGAAGAAACUGCCUCUGAUAAAUCACAGCCAAAUAUUGAAAAUAAGACUCCAGUGGUCAGUGGAGCUGCAUUAGAUUCUGCCACUGUAGAUGAAGCAAAUGUAUCAGCAGAAAACCAAACCACAGUAGAGUCUGGUGCUCUUGACGUUAAACACGAAUCAAUCAAUUCAGAUGCCAGUGGAAAUAAAACUGAGUCUGAAAGCAGUCUUAAAAAUGAAGAAUCAGCUUCAGUAUCAGAACAGUCUACAGGACAGGAUGAUAUUAAAAAGAUCAAAGAAAAAGACACUACAGAAAGAGAUGUUCUUUGCAAUGAUGAUACAAAGAUGGACACUUCUUUGGAGACUGUGAUCAAGACAGAAAUGGCUGCAGAUGUUCAGACAAUAGAUACAGAUGACAGUAAAAUUACCAAAACAAACCAGGUGAUGAGUGAUGUUGUAAUAAAAGUAGAACCCAUAGACUAUGAUGAGCAGCCAAUAAUGUCAAGGGAUGGUGUUGAAAUUUUAAAAACGGAGAACCUAAUGUCAUACCGUCAGAUCAAGACUGAGAAAGAUGAUCAUGAUAGUGGGACUGAAAAUGAUAGUGGAGAUGAUUCCUCAGUAGUAUUUAGUGAUGCUCCUGUAGUACCUUCUGAUGAUGAAAGUGGAGUUUUGAGUAAAGGUUUUACUCCAAAAGAGGUGCCAAGAACAAAAGGAGAAUUGCUUCCAGAGGACCUGCCACCUCUUGACGAAUUGAAGAUAAAUCUAGCUAAAGAUGAAAAGUUAUUACUGAUUGGUCAAGUCUCUGGAAUAGUGAAUACUUUGGUUGUUAUUCAAAGUUUACCAGACACACCAGCUUUAAACGAAGAUUCUGUCUUUUUCUAUGAAGAUAGAAAGGUGUUUGGACAGGUAUUUGAGACCUUUGGUCCAGUAUCCAAACCAUUCUAUUCUAUCAGAUUUAACACUAUUGAAGAUAUCAAGAAUAAGAAGAUUAAUAUCGGUGAUAAAGUAUAUUGUGCACCUAAUUUAGAAGAUAUAACACAGUAUAUAUUUCUAGAUCAAUUGAGACAAAUAAAGGGAUCAGAUGCAUCAUGGAAAGAUAAUAAUGAACCACCAGAGAGGUGUUUAGAUUAUUCUGAUGAUGAGAGUGAAAGGAGAUCUAAAUCUAAAAGGAAAGGAGAAAAGGAAAUAAAAGAAGAAGAUGAAGAAUCAUAUUUGGAUGCGUUACCAGGUGCAAUGGGUCAAAGGUCAUCUAAACCACAAAGAAGGAGAAGACAGAAAAAACACCAAAAUGAUAGAGAUCGUCCAGCACCUGAUUCUUUCCCACCCGCUAACAACAACCAAGAUAUGUGGAACUGUUGGCCACCUAGAGGACCUUGUCCCAGGUUUACACCACCAUCAAAUCAAAUGAAUUUCAGACAGCCUCCUCCAUCUGCUCCUUGGCAUCAAUCUCAGCAAGGACAAGGACAUCCCUGGCAACAACCUUCCAUGAAUCAAAGAUAUUUUAAUCCGCAACAUAAUUUUCACUAUCAGAACCUACCACACAUGAAUAGGAUGCCAUUUGGUAAUGGAAAUCCAUCAAACCAGGGGAAUCCUAAUUUAUUCAUGAAUAAUUUGCCGAACACUGGUGGUCAAAUCAAUAGAUUUACAUAUUCACAAAAUCAGAACAAUUUCAUAAGUGGACCAAAUCAGAAUAAUUUGUUUCAGCCUGGUUCACAGAACAGCGGUGCACCACAGAUAGUGGAUACCAGAUUCAUCCAAAAUAAUCAGCCCAUUCAUAAUCCCUAUCAUACUGGUAUUCCUAAAUAAAUUAGUUAAUCUCUGUACAUUAUGUAGCAUUCAUUAAUUUAUACGAGAAGAUGUGUAUUGAUUUUUAGGUUUGAAAGUUGAGCUUUAAACUUAUACAUUUUACUGUCAUCAAGUUUUUGACAUUCUCAUUUGUUAUAUUUGAAAUUGUCUUAUGGCCACAUGAAUAAAAAUUAUGCUAUUAUGAAUAGUUAUUAUAGCCAUUGAAUUUGUGUAUUAACUGAUGUUCUUUUUUGAGGGGGGGAAUAAAAUAUCAACAUUUAAAUAUUCCUUGAUAACUUGCAAUUUUAAGGAUAACGAUAGCAUUUAUGAUGGUAAAGGAUCACCCAUGUGUGCUCUGUUUUUCUCCCAAGCCCAAAUUCAACAUUAUUCAAUGUUUAAUUUCAAUAUAACAAACAAAAUUAUACAGUACAAAAUAUAUAUGUGUAUAAAAGGGCUGUAGAAUGAAAAAAUACUAUAAUGGAAAAAAAUAAAAUAAAGUUCAUAAAAAGUUUGUUGUGUAUAAAUCUUUUCCAUCAAGGAUGAUAUUCUUUAUCAUGAAUCUUGAAAAAUGUAUGUUUAAAGAAAACCAAAUCAAUGUUAUACCCACAAUCAUGUUGAUACAUUGUAAAUUGUACAUUCAAGAUAGUCACAAGACAUUAAAGUUAAACACAUUACCAAAGUGAAUUUUUAAUCUUAACUGGCUUCUUCAUAAUAAAAAAAUAUGUUUAUUAUGUCUUAGUUUGACACUUCCUUCCUUCUCGUGAGAAAACAGAUCCUAAAGAUUUUAAAUCCUUGUCCUUUUAAUUAGCACUAUAUAUAAUAACUGGGUUUUUUCUUCGCUAUAAAGGUCUAGCAGACACAUAAACUAAACUUUCCGCAGAGCUUGUACUCUGUUUUUUGCUAGAACUAGGUGGUAGAAAUGGCUUCAAAUAUAUGUCAUUUGAGGUAAAUCCUCCAUCUGGCGGUGUUAUUCCAUGUUCAUUGGCUUGAUGUAUUUCUACUACUUUUCUAUUCCUAUACACAAUAUUACAGACAUUACAGGCAACCCGAGAUGCCAUUCUGUGAACGUUUAAAUGAGACUGCAUAGCUGCUGUAUUCUUUCCGUUAUAUGGACAUAAAUCACAUACAUAUUUC